UCACUCAGACUUAUCUCAAAUCUCCCGUCCACCCUCGGUGGCUUUCCCCAACAGGACUUCGUCUGUCGCACCAUAUCCACUCGAUGUAGAAACACCUGAAAACUCAGGAAGUCGGGAACACUUGGUCGAGAGCCGGGCAAGCAGCAGAGAUACAGCCACAAGUACAAAACACGUUACGAUGUCUGAGGGAGGAGGCCUCGAUUACAUGGAACUUGGAGGGGUAGUCAAAAACACAUCGUUCGAUGAAACUCACGACGAAGAACCAGGGCCCGGGACCGGGGAGCUAAGAAGAGCAGACAGUGCUGAAAUAUUGCAUGUCUCUUUACACCAGGGUGCUCGAGAUGGUAACAUAGAUCUGAUGAAACGCCUUGUGGCAAACAUUACCACCAAUAAAAAGAAGAGAAUUAAUUUACUUGACGAUGACAAGAUGACUCCAUUGCACUAUGCUGCAAGAUACAAUAACUAUCACAUUGUUACAUUACUUGUAGAACAUGGAGCAGAUGUACGUAGUAUUGGAGAGGAU